AAAAAAAAAAAAAAAAAAAAGAAAUCGGCAACGUGAUGAUGGUAUAUAAACGGCAGGUUGGUCUCGCGAAGCCUCCAGUGCGUCAGCCUUCGUCCCGGCCACCGCUCAGCCAUGAGACUAACUGCCUUGGUGCUGUUGGCGGGGUGUGCUGCACUACUGGUCAGUGCUCAAGAACUAGACAUCCGACCAGUAACCAUUGAGCAACUUUUAAGAGAUCAUCCUGAACUUAAAAAGGAGCUAGCAGAAAAAAUAAAGUCAACCACAAACACACCUACUACUGAAGAAACUGCCACUAGCACUGCAGAUACCUCUCCCACAACAGCCACCACCUCCACUGUUCCUGACACCACCACUACCUCUGCACCUCAAGCAGAUGCCCCUUCUGCCCCAGCAGAGUCUACUACCCCAACAAAUGGUGAACGCAGACCAGGUAGACAACCCGGUGGACGUCGUCGUCAAGCGUCUGCCAAGGAAUCACAGCGAUUUGGUGAAGCUCCCCACCGCUUGCGUGUAGCUGCCAAAGAUGGAAGUGAAGCAGCUAACCAACCUCAGCGUCGAAAUGGCCGCCAAUUUCCAGGAACACAAUAAAACCCUCUUUUCAUUAGUUUUAAAAAGAAAUUAUUAUCAUAGUUUCAUGAAUAUCAGUUUAUACAGUAAACCCCCAAUUUAACAGUCUUCAGAAACAUGGGACAAAAUCUGGUCUGUUAUUAAAUCAUCUCUGUCCACUAUAGCCAUUAUUACUAACCAUUUGCUCCUCCAUAUUAGUCAACUAAAUUGAAACUUUACUGUAUUUGCAGAAAGAAGAAUGUUAAUGAAGCAUCAGUUUUCUUGUUAAAUCUUUUAUAAAUAAAUAUUAUGAUCGAUAUUUACACACUUUAAUCAAAACUUGCCAUAGCUAUUAAGGAAUUUAAAAUCCUUACACUGGAUUCACUGAAGCUCAUUAAACUAACGUUCUACCACGGAAACAGAAUACAAUAAUGAGAUAAUCAGUAGCUCCCCCUGUUUUGUAAGAUAAUUAGUAGCCCCUAGUUGUACAGUAUAAGAUAAUUCAUAACUCCCUGUUGUAUUUGAUAGUUAUCUCUUUUCCAUGGAAAAUUAGUUUUACCUAUAUUAAUGCAAUACACUUAUACACACACUGUACUUGAAGAUCUCACCUUGAAAAUCUAAAGUUGGUUAUACAGUGAUAUGUCCUGCUAUACUCCCACACUUUCCUUUAAGUAUGGAACAAAUUAAGCAAUGAUAAUGCCAGCUCUCUCUUAAUCUCACCUAGCAACCUAAAGAUCAUUAAGUUUAAUAGCUGUAUGGUGAAUUAUUGUCCCAUACUGAAAGUUAAAACUGGACACCUCACAAAUUCAUGACAUUCAAAAUGUUUCUACAAAUGAUCUCCCCCACUGUAAAAAUUAUUUCCCAGUAUGUACCAAUUACACAAAUUGCAUUUUCCAGUGCUAUUUAGUUAGAGAAAUUUCAUUAUCCAAGACCAAUUGUUAUCACAAGAACAUGACUAGUAACAAUAACUACUUUUGGCUCUUUGUCAAGUGCCAAAUAAAUUAUAAUAAUGUACAAGCUUUGCAGAGCAUAUACUAUUUCUGGUUUCUUUGUAUAUUUUGAGAAAGGUGCACAAAAAAAGUGCAAAAUUACAUGUCAGACACUUUUUUAUCUCGUGUACCACUAUUACUUUUAACAAAACUAUUAUAUAAAAUAUGUUGAGUUAAUGGUCGUUUUCUUCUUUCUCUUUCAACAAACCGGCUGUAUCCCACCAAGACAGGGUGGCCCAAAAAAAAUAACCUAAGUUUCUUUUUAAAUUUAGUAAUUUAAACAGAAAAACGGGUUA